UGUUGACGUUCAAAGACAUUGCUGGCUAUUUUUCCAUGGAAGAGUUUGAAGAAAUAAGUGACUGGGUGAAGGUCCAUUAUAAGAACAUGAAGCAGAAUUAUGAAGCCGUGCUUGUCAUUGGGUGACGGCCGCUGAGGACGAGGACACUGGCUCCCUGAGUGUUUGUCAGUCGAUACUCGACCAGCGGACAGAACCCAGACCGGGAGAUCGGGUAACUGACGGGAUAUCUGGGAUCAGACAAUGAUCGGGAGAUCGUUCUUCCUCCUCUCCCUUCUCCAAGCCGUGGUGUCGGGAGAGUGGAGUGCGGACAAUCCCGGAGCUGUGACAGCGCAGAAUGGUUUGUGUGCACGGAUUCCGUGUCACUACAGAUACCCGUCGAUACUGAACAAUGAACCACGGACUGGAAUCUGGUUUAACAGUGAGUCGCACGACAACAAAGGUCCUGUAGCCUUCCACUCCGGGAAUCCCAGUCUAGAAUUAACAAAGUUUCAGCAUCGGACCCGGCUGUCAGGAAUCCUGAAAGACAACGACUGUUCCCUGGUUAUAGACAACGUCACGCAGCAAGAUGCAGGUCCUUAUUUUUUCAGAGUUGAAUUCGAUGGGGGAGAACGUUACAACUACCGCCCUGUAACACAGCUCAGUGUUACUGAUUUCAUGGAUAAACCCACGAUAUUCGCUGCUGAAUUGGUGGCAGGAAAGCCUGUGAACAUGACCUGCUCCUUCAGCACCACGUGUGAUGGAACGGCCCCCACCUUAACCUGGGUCACCCCCGCUGAUGAACCACCGUCAGCCUCACACAGCGUAACUCAGCAGGGUGACACUCUGACAUAUACUUCUGUUCUGUCCCUGACCCCAGCGCUCAAACAUCACGGGCAAAACCUCACCUGCAGAGUCACAUACCCAACUGUGUCAUCGGAGCAGACCCUCACACUGACUGUGGAAUACGCCCCCCAGAAUCUCUCAAUCACUUCCCCCGACAAUGUGAACAAUUCCUGGGUCAGUAUAAAGGAAGGAAACUCUGCAGCGAUCCUCUGCUCCCUCCAGAGUUUCCCAGCGUCUAACCUGAUGUGGAGACAUCGGUGUCACGCUGAACACAACACGUUCCAGCAACGAGCUGUGGAUGGACAUAGACAUAGACAUAGAAAAUAGGUGCAGGAGG